ACAAGAGGCUGAUGAAGAAAUCAGAAACAGGAUGUUGCGUCUAAUUUGUGGAGCUGCAGACUGCUGAACAUGAAUAAACCCAUUUAGCUUCUGUCACAACCUUAACAACGGACUUUCUAACGUAACUGUUUCAUAUAUCUGCUGAGACCACGGACAGCUGAAUUGGGUUCAUCAAGCUUGCUGAAGUUCCUCUCUUCAUCCACUCAUCAUGGUGGAGUACUACCAGAUUUUAGGAGUACGGAGAGAUGCGUCUGCAGAUGACAUAAAGAAGGCGUACAGAAAGCUUGCCCUGAGGUGGCACCCUGAUAAAAACCCAGAGAACAAGGAUGAGGCUGAAAAGAAGUUCAAGGAGCUGUCAGAGGCUUAUGAAGUCCUUUCAGAUGUCAACAAGAGGAGCAUAUAUGAUCGCUACGGCAAAGAGGGGCUGACAGGGAACAAUGGAGGAAGAGGGGGCCAUUUCCACAACGGAGACCAUUUCCACGAACCGUUCACAUUCCGCAACCCAGAAGAUGUGUUCCGGGAAUUCUUCGGUGGCAGAGACCCAUUUGCAGACUUUUUUGGUACAGAUCCAUUUAGUGAUGAUCCAUUCUUUGGCCGACGGCACCAAAGUCGGGCAAAUCGCAGCCGGACAGGUGGCUCGUUUUACGGGGGCUUUGUUGGUUUUCCUCCCUUUGGGGCUGGCUUCUCACCUUUUGACCCAGGCUUUGGCUCUUUUGGCCCCAUGAGCCCCAUGGGUCACAUGGGUCACAUGACAACCAUGGGCAGUCUGGGAGGUGGGGGCUUCACCUCUUUCUCCUCCACCUCCUUUGGGGGAGGAGGAGGAGGAGGGGGAGGAGGAGGCAUUGGCAACUUCCGCUCCGUAUCCACUUCCACCAAGAUCAUCAACGGCAGGAAGAUCACUACUAAAAGAAUCGUGGAGAACGGUCAGGAGCGGGUGGAGGUGGAGGAGGACGGGCAGCUGCGGUCAUUAACCAUUAACGGUAAGGAGCAGCUCCUGCGACUGGAACACAAGUAAAGACGGAAGCAUCCUCUGCUGGAGAAGUGUUACCUCAGCACAAACAUACCAACAAACUUGAGCUCGGAUCAGAGGGAAGAAAAAAAAAAGCAACAAAACAAUGUAAUAAUAGUGCUCUACUGUUGUUUGGAUGUACAUACUUAGGUUGUGUUUAUUUCCCCCAUGUCCUCUCCCUGCUGACUCUCAUUUGUUAACCUACGAUUCCAAUCCGAGGAUUUGGAUGCAGACUUUUCUAUGCAUUUUGUUAAUGUAUUUCUGAAUUGGAGCUGUCCUUAUAUUUUGGCUCAGGGUGGUGUUAUUGUUUCAGUGUGUGGGACCACAGUGUUGUUCUGAUGUAUAUGACAAGACCCCCCCUCGCCUCCCCCUUUUUUUCCCGUUACUUUCUUUAUGCACUCCGCUGUGUGUCAGUCUGUGCGCAGACAACACACAUUGUGUUCAGAAAACAAAGCAUGACUUUGGUUUUCAUCUGAAAAGUAAAAAUAAAUUGUUGAAUUUUAUUUUAAAAGUGGGUAGGAAUAACAUAAGCACCCCCUUUCCCCUCUCUGUUUACUGCUUGUCUAACCUCUUCUUAGUCAUAAUUGUUUUUUAUUAAAAAAUUUAAUGCUGGUAGGAUGAGUUAUGCAAUUUUAUAUGUUCUAAUACCAAUGUGUUUUUUUUUUUUUUUGUUUAUUUAAUAAUGCAUGUACUGUUGAUGUUGAGUCUUAAUGUUAAAGCUGCAUUAUGAUGCACAAAUAUGGAAGGCAUUCUAUAAAUGGUAUAUGGAUAUGGAAGGAAUUUUGUGUACUUUGUAAACCAGUAAAUCUGAGUUUCAUCCUGUUUUCAGGGUACUGAAA